CCAGAUAAAUAACGGGGCGGGCCGGUUCUAAAGAUUGUAGAAAACGGGCCCCCGGCCCGGACCGUUGGUCUACUGUGAUUACGGUCUCUUUUAUUAUUAGAAUUCGACCCUCACUGUCACUCACCCUUUUAUUAUCAGGAUUCAGACCUAAUUCGAUCUCUCCGCCUCCAUCGAUCUCUCCGCUCUCCCGAUCUCUCUCGAUCUCAUCCCUCUCGAUCUCCUCUCUCUCGAUCUCUUCCCUCUCGAUCUCCUUCUUCUCGAUCUCUCUCUCUCUCAGUCUUUCUUUCUCUCUCUCUCUCCCAUCUCACCUACCCUAAACCUUCACAAGCAGCCGUAAACCAGGCAUAUACCUAGCUCACCCGCCGUAAACCAUCUGCGCCAGCCACAAAGCAUCACCAGCUGCGACUUUGUCUCUGAUCUGUUUAAAUUUUCAGGAUCAUAUUGUACCGGUUGUAUCCUCGAUUUUCUUACGCAGGCUGCUUCUUCCUGGGGUUCAUCAUAAUAUUGCUUUGCGCUCAACCUUGCUGGAUUAUAACAGGCACUGGAGUGAUUCAGAUUUCCAUUCUCUAACCGCCGAUAUGUUGAAGAAGGAAAUUCUUUCCCUGAUUGAACAUGAGGGUGUUAGUGAUAAUUCAACGUCAAUAUUGUGCUGUUGGAAAAAAUUCUGUUCUCCCUACUUCCAAAAUUGGUGCAAGAGCAAUGCACUAUGUGGCUUGCUUUUUGGAUUCCUACAGGGGUAGUUUUGGAUUGAUCAGAAAGAACUCAGUAUCUCUUUUUCGUUGUUCGGAGAAUAUUGAGCGGCUUAUUAAUGGUAUCUCAGGUACUUCUGGUGAUCUCAUCCAUCUUGUUACCAUGGAGGCGGGUUUAAUUCUUCAAUUAGAGGUGCUCGUUAAAAUGCUUAGAUGUGUUGUUAAUGUCAGCCAACAAUUGGGAAAAACAGCUUCUGCUAUAUUUUAUGAAUCAUUAGUUAGUGCACCACUCGUUAUCUCAGCUGAGGAAAUUACUCAUCGCCUUUUUGAAGAAUUUAGAAUCUGGAUAUGGUUCAACGGUAGCAAUGCUUCAUGUAUCAGAGCAUGGACCUGAUGUUGCUUUGGAGAGAAACCUGGCUGAUAAAAAAAAAAUUGAGGAAAUUUUCUAUUGGCAUGCUGUUAUCUC